AUGUCCGUCACUCUUAACGAAAUCGUGAGUAGCUUGGUGGAAACUGCCCCUACUGGCGAGAUAAACGAAGUGAAGGCCGAUUUGCUUGCUCUUGCUUCCGAUGAGAACCGUGCAACAAUCAACGAUGCCUUGGAUAGUCAGAUAGAUCAAAAUGGCCUUAUUGUUUCGGGGGAAUUGAUUGCAAGCAAACUAAACAAGGACCCCUCGUCUUCGAAAUACUGGGACUACAUUGAAAAAAGAAAGUUUAAUGUUGACUUGGACUCUAAGAAGGCCAUUGACAUCGAGUCCGCAGAGCCUGGGGUGGAGUACCCCAGCUAUUUCGAUAAGCUCGUUGAGUUGCUAAAGCAGUAUGGAGAGGAUCACUAUCCUUCCGAAUAUGCAUUUUCUGUUAUUCCGGAACUGGCAAGUUCAGUCAAAAUCGUCAUAAUAGGACAAAAGUUGAACAAGAAUAAUUUCUACACUGGUAUCUGGAAAUCUGUUUAUUCUGUGGACAGUGAAGGCACCAUUGAAGGCAGCGUAAAGUUGGAUAUUCACUACUACGAGGAAGGCAAUGUGAGGCUUGAGUUCGAUGAGGCCACGCCUACCAGCCUGAUUAAAGAGGUGUCUGCGUCUGCUAUUGUGAACGUCAUCAACAAGGCCGAGAACGAGGCGACAAUGAAAAUCCUAGGCGACUUUACAUUGUUGAACCAGAAGUACUUCAAGAACUUGAGGAGAUUGUUACCCGUGACCAAACUGAAGAUUAACUGGGGAAAGGCGAUCGGGGCCUAUAGAUUGGGCUCUGAUGUAGUAAACAAGAAAUGA